GGCGCGACUGUCUCGAUAUUUACGAAUAAAGCUGCAUUGGUUCAAAAGGAAGGAAUCCCUGAGGAACAGACUACUUACUGAAUAGACGCUCUGCAUUUUACAUCAGAUUUUUGAGAUUGCUGAAUCAUGGAUCCGUACAUGAAUGCAAUUUUGGCGCUGUGUCUUGCACUCAGUCAUGUGACAUGCCAACUAACCAAUCAGGCUUCUGACGUGCCAGACGAUUUUACCACGACGUCAACAGAUAUUGGAAACGAGAAACAGAUUAAAGUCGUGGCACCAAAUGGAAAACUGCUUGCCACCAUUGAAGUUUUUGCCGACGAGGGCUUCGAAGUUCAGAAACCGACAGAUAGAAACAAGUGCCUUAUGAGUAAGAUCUCCGACAAUGGCACGUGUUUUGAUGAAGUACCCGUGGCAGAUAUCGACACGAUUCCAGACAAUAUUGCAGCUUUUUGCAAGGGGAGGGAGGUGCUUAGUUUGGUGCCAACGGACUGCAAUAAGCAGGCGGUUGGGUCUGAAGCAUCACUUGAGUCUUCCGAUGCUGGUGUUGCUAAGCGAUCUCUCUACAGCACGUGUCAUCGGUGGACACGGACGUAUCACUCGGUUUGCAGGACCUACUGUUGCCGACGCUUCUUCUUCUACUGCCUGGGGACCUGCUGUGAAUGCUCUACAACCACAGUUUGGACUCGCCACACCAUCACUGGCUACCAUGACCCUUAUUAAGGACGAGAAGAUCGUUUCUUUGAGCAUGUUAAACAAGAAAUGAGCGGAUUUAUUAAACACCAUACUUUAAAAUACCUUAUAUAUUAAUAAUUUAUCUGACAAUCGUUAACAUUUGCAAAUUAAGAAUGUUUGAAUGCCUAGCUUAUUUCGUUUGUGUUGUUUUCUCUUUAUUAUACUAAUAGGCUGGUAACAGUUAUUGUUUAAGAUAAUAGUCUUAUUAUAAUUCUUUCAAAAAGGGACUCAGCAGUCAAUUAAUUUGUGACCUAGUUUAAUGUAUCCCAGUUCAUUUAUGAAGAUCAAUAGUGUCACUUUAAUGUUGUUUUACGUCACAAACAAGUUCGUUAAGAGUCGCUUUUUAUGCCAUUCUGUUUAAUACAAUUCUAUGAUUAUGUUUUAUAUAGUUUAAAUGUAUCGAUUCUCAUUAUAUCGAACAUCAAAAUUUUAGAUAAGUGGAAAAAUUCCAAUCCCAUGAAAACCAUGUUUGACUGUUUGAUAUAAAGCAAACCGUGUUUGAGACUUUGCUUGAUGUCGCCCCAUUAACGUCGUAAAGAUAAUUUACAUCCGGAUAUAAUGAUUCGAUUAUUUUUUUAAUGUUUCCUAAUACCCGCUGCUUUUAAAAAUGCAUAAUUGAUCAACAUUGUAUAUGCUGUGCUUUGAGUGAUUGCGCUUCUAUUAACUAACGUUUUUUUCCGUUGUUGUUGUGUAUCUUUCUUCUUCGGAAUCAUGUUUAAAAUUAUAAAAUGAUAAAUUGUCAAAUCCUUAGGAAUAGUUUAGUUAUUUAACUUAAGUUUGUGAAAUGUUUGCCCUCUUAAAGUUUUACUUAAAGUCUUUUCUUGUGCCUAAAGAAUACAAAGAAAAUCGGAAUAUUUCGCAGUUACGGUUAUUAAAUGCGGGCUUCUAGAAUGUCAAAUAUUUUAGUCGAGAAACAUACAUUUGUAAUUUUGCAAUUCGUCAGACGAAAUAAAAAUGUUGUCAUCUUA